AUGGCGGCAUGUGGACCUUUCCUCUCCAGACAGCAGGCGAGCCCGACUCCGCGCUCCGUCCAGAGUUCCAACUGGAACGACGUGAGCUGGAGCAAACGCAGCUGGAGCAUAAGGGCCCCCAAGCCUGCUCACACACUGCUAGCAUUGAUGGUUGGUGUGUGGAAAGCACGCCGAAGAUGCCUCCGGCGAUUCUCGCAAAUUGUGAUGCAGGAAUCCAAGACAAAUCUGAUCACGUUGGUGGACGGUAGUUUUCUUCUGUACCAGGGCUACUACGCCAUGCCGCCACUAACAAACAGGUUGGGCGAGCCAACUGGUGCAUUGCACAAUUUCCUAUUGCAACUGGAGAGGAUCUCUACGGUGACCGACCCAUCGCACAUGGCGGUGCUGUUUGACAGUGCCACAGCGUCUUCUGCACGAAAAAGAUCUUUGCCAGCGUACAAACAAAAUCGAUUUUGUCCCGAUGACUUGAGGAUCCAAUUCGCAAAGGCCAAAGAGGCAUUGAAUGAAUUGGGCUACCGGUGGAUGUGUUCUGAGACUCACGAAGCAGAUGAUCUCAUCGCAACAUGUGUGCGAGCGCAGCCAGAGGACAGAUUUGUAAAGAUCGCGUCCAAAGACAAAGACUUGCUGCAGUUGGUGAACAAGAAGGUAAAUCUUAUUGCGGUGGAUCCAGAUGGAGAGCAUUGGCGGAUCACUGGAGAGACUGAGGUGAUGAGGAGAUGGGGCGUGCGACCAGAUCAAAUGGGGUACCUGCUUGCAUUGAUGGGCGACGCUGUGGAUGUCAUCCCUGGCGUUCCGGGCAUCGGUCAAAUGAAAGGGGCAGCUCUACUUCAGCGUUUUGAGAACUUGGAAGGCAUCCUUAGGGCUGCACAGGAUUGUACCAUCUUGGGAGUGGCUGGUAUCAGCGAGAAGCUGCGGCUAAACAUACUCAAGUAUGGCGAUCGAGUCCUCGAGCUUUAUGAGAAGGUUGUCCAGCUGCAAGAUGUUCCAUUGGAGGAAGAUUUGUUGAACUUGAAAGUGCCACAGCGGGAUGAAGCCUGGAAGAGAAGAGUUGAGGCCUAUUGCGAGAAAGAGGCUUUUGAAGCAGUGAAGAAGAGGUUCCUUGACAAAAGGGGGCUGGAGUCCAGUGGACCCCAGCGACAGCAGGAGAAUGGGGGCAUCCUCGUUAUUUCAACCGUUGCUGAAGCGGAGCGUGUCAUAGAAAGUCUUCGCUCUUUUUCAGGGUGCUUGGCAGUUUGGCUUGAGGUGGACAGCCACAAGAGGCCUUGCUACCUUUCAAUUUAUGGAGGUCCAAAGCUAGAGCUAGGUGAUGGCAAGAAAAAGGUGGUUGUCGACUUCAGAGAAUCAUUUGAUGAGAUGGUGCAUCUCUGGUGCAAUUUUCUAGCAGAGCCCUCUUUCAAGAAGGUUUAUCAUCGCUUCUCCGAACUCCGUUGGCAUAUGGAGCGUGCCCGGACAAGUCAAGACAAAUCAGGUGGAGAUCUGGCAGCAGGUUUGCAAGGUGACACAAUGCACAUGGCAAGGCUGUUGGAUCCUUCCUUGACCGACAUUGGUACAGCUGAGGCCUAUUCAAUUCCAUGGCUCGCACAGCACUUUCUGGACAAGACUUGGAGGAGCUUGGAAAGUCUGUCUGCUGCUCCCACGGCUGAGGAGCAGAUUGAGUACAACGCAGAUUAUGCCGCCGCAAUCUUCCACUUAUUUGGUACUUUCCAGGAACGGCUCAAGAGCAACCCAUGGGAGCUUGACGCGGCGGCCACUCCAGAGGGUCCGGGUGCUUCGAUGUGGGACUUCUACUGCACGCAUUGGCAGCAGCUCCCCAGACUGCUUUCGGAUGUGGAGCUUCGAGGAGUGCCGGUGAACGAAAAGAGGCUGGCAGAGGUGAUUGAAAAGUCCGAACAUUUGUUGCAGAAGUGCCAAGAAGACUUUUGUCACUGGGCUGCUGCAUGGGUUGAAAGAAGAUGCGGAGCCAAGGUAUGUUUGGAUGCCAUGAACUUGAAUUCGUUGGAGCAUUUGCGCCAGCUCCUCUUUGAACCAGUUGGCUCCAUGAAGGAGUUUGACGGUCUUCCCUUGCGGAUCCAGCAGGAACCCUGGAUACCUUUGGAUCGAAGCGACUUGAUUUACAAGAAGAAACCCGAGCUUGAGCUUCUGUGCCGGGAGAAGGGCUGCAAGGUCACUGGAAAGAAAAUGGAACUGAUUGCUCGGCUGAGUGGCCCUGAGGAUCCGCGAGUCUUGAAGGUACAAAAGCGAAAGAUCCAAAUUCCAGGUCUUGGCAUGCCACAUACCAGGAAAACUCCACAGGGUCUUCCUCAAGUCACCGUUACUGCUGUUGAAGAGCUUGCGAAAAAAGUGAAAGAAGGGGAGCCGACGGCUCAAAAAACUCUGGACGCCUUUCUAAGAUGGAAAGAGACCAACUUGGAACUCCGUUUUCUACGACCUUUGCAAACUGCUUCUCAAGUCUUGAAUGAUGGCCGGAUACAUUCAGAGCUGAACUUGAAUACGAUGACUGGUCGUUUAUCAACCAGAAAUCCAAAUCUACAAGGUGAGCCUACGGCUUCGCCAAAUGAUGUGCGAGCUUUGAUCUCUGCACAGCCGGGAAGACGUUUGCUGAUAGCUGAUUAUGGGCAGCUGGAGCUUCGACUGGUUGCCCAUUUGGCGAACUGCCAGCCAAUGAUUGACAUCCUGAAGUCUGGGGGAGACAUCCACUCCCAAACUGCAUACAAGAUGUUUGAGGAUGUACACCAGGCUGUAGACAGAGGCCAUGUGCGGCUUGAUGAGCAGGUUGUGGAGUCGGCGGGGACCAAAGAUGCUUCAAAAGAGGUGGAAGCCGUUCCAACGGUGAAGGAGCACUUUGUUGAGCUUCGAAAGAAAGCGAAGACACUGAACUUUUCAUUGCUCUACGGGAAAACGGCUUUCUCUUUGGCAGAAGAGUGGAAUGUGACCGAGAAGGAAGCGCAGGUAGUCAUUGACAGCUGGUUCGAUGCAUUCCCUGAAGUCCAUCAAUGGCUCAAGAAAGCACAGGAGGAGGUCAGAGGAGGUGGCCAAGACACAGGCAGCGAGGCCAAGACUUUGGCAACGCUCCUCGGGCGACGUCGUGCUUUGCGCGGUAAGCGGCCAAAGGCGCUACGUGUGGCAGGCAAUACUCCUGUCCAAGGUAGUGCUGCAGAUGUUGUUUUAAGCGCCAUGCUUCGGUGUGACGAAGUGCUUCCGGCGCUCGGCUUCCAUUUGGUCCUGCAGAUCCACGAUGAACUCAUAUUUGAGGGCCCUGAAGACUUGGCAGACGAGGCCUUCGAGCAUUUAAUUCGGAUCAUGGAGAACCCUUUGCCCUUCAAAUUGAAGGUGCCUCUUUCUGUGUCAGCCCGUCAGGCGCAAAGUUGGAGGCAGGGACCGGGAUAA